GGUUUUUCCAUUUCCGUCCGGCUUGAGAUAAACCUCUCUUCCUUCCUCCUCCCCCCAAAGCCCCAAGCCGAAGCGCCAGCCUCGCUCGCGCACGGCCGCCGUCCGCCGUCAUCGGCUCGAGCAGCGCCGGGGGUGAGUCGUCUUCUUCGCUUCCCUCUGCGUUAUUCGAUUGCAUACCCACUUCUGCUCUGUACUUUCCAUGCGGUAGAUGCUAGAUUCGGUUGUUCAUCAGCACCUUCCGCUCGUAGAACUCCCGUAACCAUGGAUCCCAAGCUGUUGUUUUGCUCGCCUAAAUGCUCAGCAACUGCUUCUCCCUUCUUGUAUUCUCACUUUCUUGAUAAGCCCAGAAUUCCUUUGAGACCCCAUUUGCGGGUCUAUCCUCUGGUUGCGCAGAAAACUCCAUUCUUGGGGGGUGGUUUGAUUUUUCCGGGAAAAGAUGGAGCCUUUAUGGAUAAUUCAAGAAAGGGUCGCGUGCCCUUCUUUCCCGUGAGAGCUGCGGUGAAGAGGAGGAAGGAGCCUCCCUUCGACAGUGUGAUCCAGAGGGACAAGAAAUUGAAGCUGGUGUUGAAGAUCAGGAAGAUCCUGGUGAGCCAGCCCAAUCAUACCAUGUCGCUUAAGGAGUUGGGGAAGCACAGGCGGGACCUCGGGUUGACGAAGCAGAGGCGGUUCAUCGCUUUGCUGAGGCAAUUCCCGGCCGUGUUUGAGAUUAUCGAGGAAGGAGUUUACUCGCUGAAAUUCAAGCUGACCGCAGAAGCCGAGAGGCUGUACUUGGAGGAGUUGAGGGUGAGGAAUGAGAUGGAGGAUAUGCUUGUCUUGAAGCUUAGGAAGCUGUUGAUGAUGUCUCUUGAGAAGCGUAUACUGCUCGAGAAGAUUGCUCAUCUGAAGACUGAUUUUGGGCUUCCUCUUGAAUUUCGCGAUACAAUCUGUCACCGGUAUCCACAAUAUUUCAGAGUUGUGGCAACAGGACGAGGCCCUGCCUUGGAACUAACUCACUGGGACCCCGAGCUUGCGGUGUCGGCAGCUGAGCUCUCAGAAGAGGAAACUAGGGCCAGAGAGUUAGAGGAGAAAGAUCUGAUUAUUGACCGGCCUGUCAAGUUCAAUAGAGUGAAGCUACCCAAGGGUCUCAAUCUGGCCAAGGGUGAGAUGAGGAGGAUUUGCAAGUUCCGGGACAUGCCUUAUAUAUCUCCCUAUUCUGAUUUUUCAGCAAUUAGGCCAGGUACGCCGGAGAAAGAGAAGCAUGCUUGUGGGGUUGUGCACGAGAUCCUGAGCCUCACUGUAGAGAAGAGAACUCUGGUCGAUCAUCUCACUCAUUUUAGAGAGGAAUUCAGAUUCUCUCAGCAAUUGAGAGGAAUGCUGAUCAGGCAUCCUGAUAUGUUCUAUGUGUCUCUGAAGGGGGAUAGGGAUUCGGUUUUCCUCCGGGAAGCAUAUCGCGAUUCUCACUUGAUAGAGAAAGAUCGGCUGUUGCUCAUCAAAGAAAAGCUCCGUUCACUUGUUGCUGUUCCUAGGUUCCGGAGGAGGAAUGCUUCUAGAAGAGGUGAUGAGGGAGCAGAGGGAACCACCGAUCAAGAAGGUGGAAGUGGUCUAGAGGAUGAGGAAGACUGGUCUGAUGUUGAGAAUGCAAUUGAUGAGGCUGAUGGAUCUUAUGAUGACGAUGAUGAGGACGAUGACGGGGAUUUUGAUGAUGAUUGGACUGAUGAAGAUGAUAAUGCACCACCAGAUUUUACUGAUGAUGCUGGAAGUGUGAAACCUAUUAAGCAGGCUGAUCCUUUGAGAAACAAGGAUCAGAAAGAGCUUGUUCCUGUGUUUCCUGAUGGUCGUCCAAGACAACGUUGGUGAAAUUAUUGUUGAACUACGUAUUCUGCAAGCAAGCUGAGACAUUUAUCAAGAUCUCUUACGACCAAUUGUGAGGGCCUCGGAUUGUAAAUUGAAGGUCCACCAUAGUAACUUGUUUUGAUGUUACUUCUUCCUCUGGGUUGCUGUGAGUGAAGUGCUUCAUAAAGAGUUGGGGGGGGCCUUCCAUGUCACAGUUUGAUGAGAUACAGAAUAUUUCAUUUCUUGUGCCUAAGGAUAGUGUGGAAUGUAUAUGUUUUGUAGAACAUGUUUCUUUUCUGGUCUGCGUUGUUUAAUGUCAUUCUCCCAUGUUUUCAUGGAUACAAUUCAACCCAAGUUUUUGGGUGGGAA